AAAGUCAUACACAUCUGGGGUGGCAAGAGGGCUCUGAACAAUGAGGAGAGGAAUGAUGGUGAGCUCACAGACACUGAGGAAGAUUUCUGGGAAAUUUCUGCACUAGAGGCCUAUAAUCUCUCCAGUACUGUUCCACAGUCAACAUUGACGACAUCUCACCCACCGACCUUGACAAGAUGUGGGGGGACCCAUUUUAUGUGAAAACAUACCUGCAGUACAUGAUGCGCAGUAUGUUGAAGCAGCUACAGCUGGGGGAGGGAGAUCAGGCUUUGUUCAGCUUUGUCGACGCCCCAAUGAAAAUGGAAGAGCGUAAGAUCAUCAUGGAGGCCCAUUACAGUCAGGAGCUGAGUCUACUGUACAUCCUACAAGAGGACUAUGACAGAGCCAAAUACUAUGCCAACAGCUGCAUGCAAGUUUUCAUGCAGAGAACUCAAGUAUUGACCCCCUGCUGAACCGCAGCCAUCUUACUUUGCUGCAGUCUGUGGAAGCGCUGACAGAGAUCCAAGACUUCCUGAAUUACAUUACAGGAGAGGGUGAGCUUACAACUACAUCUUUCCUUUAGUAGAACAUGUAAGAGAUAGCUUGGUGAUUUUCCAGCAGAAAGUUGUGGACUUUGUGUGGAUGAUUUUUCAGCUUAAAGGGAUAGAGAUAGCUCACCCAAAAAUGAAAAUUCUCUCAUCAU